GGCGCGAGAUUUGUUUACUCUCGACACGAUGGGCGUGCCACCGUCGCCUACUUAAUUAGAAAUGGUCCAGUAAUAUGAACAAGAGUGCUGUCUGGAGCUCGCAGGCGAAUGGCGGAAAUCGCAUAGACGCCACCACAUGGCGACUGGUGGUGACGGUGGCGGUGCUGGCGACGCUGAUGGCCGUCAUCCUGGUCGGCGGCGGCGCGUGGGCGUGCCUGGCGUGCGUGAGGCGCAGCGGCGGCCGGAGCAGGCGGCCCUGGUGCGAGUGGCGCGGCCGACAGCGCCGCCGAGACGAAGGCUUCCCGCCGGACCACCGCGAGAUGAUCGAGCUCGGGCGCCUCCCAGGUAGCCAGACCCUGAGGGAGUGCGGCCGCGCCCACGCCGCCCGCGACCAGUCAGGCAUUUCCAGGGGCCUCGGCCUGGGCGUGUCGUACCCGGCGGACCAGAUCCCCGCGCUCCCGGCGCCGCGCAGCUGGACGCCGAGCCCGCCCUUCAACCCCAACGAGAUCCAGAUCCAGCCCUUGGCGCAGCCGCUCGCACAGCACGCCUCGCCCUCGUGCCACCACCCACCGCACGCCUGCGUCCAGUCGCGCAGCACUCCCGCGUGCCUGCCCUCUCGCCACGCGCCGACUUGCUUGCUGCCUCGCAGCACACCGGUUGGCACGAGUGCACAGCCGGCACUGACUUGCACCCAGCCCGGGUUGGCCGCCGCCAGCCACGCCUGUACCCAGCCCAGCCGCGCAGCACACGUGCCUUCGCCUGCAGGUCGCGUGGGGCCCGCCCAGGUGAUCGCCCGGGCCAGGCUGAGGAAGUACCGGAGCAGCCCUUGCACGUCGCCCUACAACCCGCGCCACAACACGCCCAACACCGACCGCUCGUCGCUCCCCGACAUCACCAGCAGUUCCUCUGCCAGCAUUCCUUCUAAGUACGCCAAUAUGGCCUUCCCGCCCCCCUGCUCCUGCUCCUCCAGCGACUUUAGCUUUGAAGUGAUUGAAGCAAAUCCCAGGAAGGUCCUGGCGGAGCCACGGCGCCCCGCGAAGGCCCAGGCCCCACGUAAGAGGACAAAGAAGCACAGGGCGAACCUGUCGGCCACGGAGGCGAGCAGCACCAGCGGUGGAAACCGACGCUUGAGGGGUCCUGGCCCGCCCCCGCGCCAGCCCUCGACGGAGAAGAGUCCGAGUCUCCUGAGGGGGGCGGCCACGGGAGAACUUGCGUGCGCUUGUUCCAGCCAUCCCUGUCUGCUGCCCAGAUCUGACAACGACCUCCCGUUCCUGUCGUCGCGCUCGGCCCAUCUUCGGGACCUGUCCCUGGAGCCUCUGCAGAGCUCAGGUGCAGCCAGGUUCUCGGACGCGAGGAAGCCCGCGCUGCGCCACUACAACACUCCAGUGACGCGCCCGAGGAGCUCGCCCAGGAGAGAGGGGCCCGGCGCCGCGGGGCUGCCCAGGCCCAGGCGGAGCAAAGGCAGACCAACCACCAGUAGCAGGUCCUCGUGGAGGAGAUACCCUACUAGUAACUACCUAGGGACAUAUCUGCCGUCAUCAAUGCCCCACCUGUACCCCCCCGCGCCGAGCGACGCCUUCGAGAGAGAGCUGGAGAGAAGGCUGGCCCUCAAGUAUGGGUUCUGCGUCACCUGCGGGAUCUACACGGAACAUCAACAGAGAUUCGGCCGAGCCCUGGCGCGCCCUGCCGAGCCGGACCGCAGUGAGCGCCGGCGGAAGCGAAGCCGCCACACGCAGACGCACUGGGUGGACCGGGACCACAACGAGUCACAGGCCGACGUGACGCAGGACCUGGCGCCGUCGUCCAUGCCGUCCCUGUCGUGGGACAACCUAACGCCAGACCCCUCGCCCGCACUCCUCACGGACACCCUCGGGGACACCGCCGCCGCCACCGCCGCCGAGGCCGCUGCCACGCCCUUUGAGGCGGGCGGUGGCGAGGCCGCAUCCUCCUGCUGGACGCCGCAGUGGGCGAGGCAGGCCGUAGCCCCUGGAGUAGCCCCGCGUCCGCUGAUGAAUCAAAGGACGUGGGAGGGACGAAGGUCCCGGCUGGCAGACGUCCAGGGCCCAGUUGAUGACUCCGACCAGUGUCUUCUGAACCACCAGGAGUGACUGUGAAGUGCUUUCUUGCUUGACAAGACAUGUGCGUAACUAUGCUUAUCCAUGUUGUAAGUUACAUUUCCAGUGGCUCUAACGUGUGAUAUCGAAAGCUGAGGCAUCUGGUCCAUGUUCGUACUAUUUCGCUAGCUUAUAGUAUACGACGAUCGCUCUGUAGGUGAAGCCUGUCUGAAUGUGUGGAGUAUCAUUCAUUCACUAGACACUUGCCAGUCGACCAUGUUAAAGUACGGCUUUACUCCCAGUUUAAAACUUUUUUUUUUAUAAAAAAAAAAAAAAAGUAAAUACGCCACUACACUCCCUGUUUCCUCGGUCGUGUGCUCAGUCUUUCAUGUAUUCUGAGAAUGCUUUUACAAGGCUGCGGAAAAGGCUGCCUCGAAGCCUUACACAUCGUGUUUUUGUUGUUGUUUAGUUUAGGGGGGCACAGAAAUUUUGUAUAUUGUUUUUCUCCGCCUGCUGCAGCUAGUCAUUUUUUCCAACUAUAUGUUUUUGUUCAACUGCUGUAUAAUUAUAUAUUUGUUAUUUUGCACUACAUAUUUAGAUGUCAUAUACAUGUAACUUAUUCAAUUACAAUAAAAAUAGGAAUUAAA